GUUAUGCAGUUUGCUACAUUGACAACUAAUAGCAUAGGAUCAGACAGCUCCACUCAAUCCACACUCAGCACCUUGACAGAAGUGUUGUCAACUCCUACUCCAGAUACCACAUCGACUCCAAGCACGCUUUCACAUGCAUCUCCAGACAGAGGAGGGAUCAACUACUCAGCAGUUUUCCACACCUGAAAUUUCAAUAUCAUCUUUCCCUGAAACUACAACAGCAGUAACUACAUCAAUUCAUUCAUUGCCUGACACUCCAUCUGCAACAACUCCUACUUCAACCACUAGUGGCAGCACUUUGUCAGUUUCAACAUCGCAAACACAAGACCUGACAAUAGGAACAGAUAUUACUUUUGAUAUGUCAACAAAAACAAGUGUAGAAUCAGAAAGCUCUACCCAAACACCUCUCAUAAACACCCUAGAGGUGUCGUCUACACAAAAUCCAAAAACAACAAUACUUAGUCCAAGUGAACUUUCCACAAUACAUCCCACAGACCUAGGAUCAAUUAUGCCUGAAAGUACCACAGCAGAGACUGCACUGAUGCCUUCAUUGCCCACUACUGCUUCUGGAACAGCUUCUUCUUCAGCCAACAGUGGUGAGUCUGUGUCAUUGUCAAAUUCCAGAACACAAGGUUUCACGACAGAAACAGUUAUUCAACUUACUACAUUGACAACUAAUAGUAUUUCAUCAGAAAGCUCCACUCAAUCCACACUCAGCACCUUCACAGAAGUGUUGUCCACUCCUAUGCCAGAUACCACAUCAUCAAUUCCAAGCACAGGGUCCACUGCAUUUCCAACAGAGGAGGGAUCAACUACUCUGCAGUUUUCCACAUCUGAAAUUUCAACAUCAUCUAUGCCUGAAAUUACCACAGCAGUAACUACAUCAAUUCAAUCAUUGCCCAACACUCCAUCUGCAACACCUCCUACUUCAACCAGUAGUGGCGACACUUUGUCAGUUUCAACAUUUCAAACACAAGACCAGACAAUAGGAACAGAUACUACUGUUGAGACAUUGACAAAAACAAGUGUAGAAUCAGAAAGCUCUACCCAAACACCUCUCACAACAAUCCUAGAGGUGUCGUCUACACAAAAUCCAAAAACAACAAUACAUAGUCUAAUUGAACUUUCCACAAUAUAUCCCACAGACAUAGGAUCAACUGUGCCUGAAAGUACAAUGGCAGAGACUGUAAUGAUGCCUUCAUUGCCCACUACUGCUUCUGUACCAGCUUCUUCUUCAGCCAACAGUGGUGAGUCUGUGUCAGUGUCAACUUCCGGAACACAAGAUGUCACAACAGGACCAGUUAUGCAGUUUGCUACAUUGACAACUAAUAGCAUAGGAUCAGACAGCUCCACUCAAUCCACACUCAGCACCUUGACAGAAGUGUUGUCAACUCCUACUCCAGAUACCACAUCGACUCCAAGCACGCUUUCACAUGCAUCUCCAACAGAGGAGGGAUCAACUACUCAGCAGUUUUCCACACCUGAAAUUUCAAUAUCAUCUAUCCCUGAAACUAACACAGCAGUAACUACAUCAAUUCAUUCAUUGCCCAGACACUCCAUCUGCAACAACUCCUACUUCAACCACUAG